UGGCAAUAAUUUUCUUAGGAUUCAUUGGAAGAGAAUAAUUUUUUAUUAAAAUAUAUUUUAGACCUAAUAAAAUGAAAAUAGAAACAAAUCCUAUGUGUGUGUAUUUAGUGAAAAACGACAGUAAAGGAGAUAAAUUGUUAUUUCGAUAUCCAUUUGGUAAUAUAAAUGGUACAGUAAAAACAAAUGCAAAUGAACCUUGUAAAAGAUCGUUACAUAGAAAUGCAUCACUUGAUGGAGUUUAUUACUCACAAGAGCAAACAGAUUUUCUUGAUGAUGUUAUAUCUAGUUUAUUUGCAGUAAAAAUGGAUUUGUGUGAUCGUAAAUUUGAAUUAAAAGUAAAUAAUAUUCGCUUUAUCGGACAUCCUAUACAAAUACAAACUGGUGGUAGUAAUCGAAAAAAAAAACCAGAAAGUCCUUCAAUUAUUUUAAUUAAUGUUGUAUUCGCGUUGGAUGCUUUUGCUCGUCGCCAAAUUGCUCACUGUUACUAUGAUUUGAGUAAAAUGAUAGGAAUUGCUCUUGGGCAUGAAGAAAAACGAUGCUCAUAUUUAUCUAAACAAAUUAAAAAUAUGUUAGCCAUACAUGAUUCUAUGGCUUCAGGGUCAGAUGCUGAAGUAGAUACUAUCACUGAAAACAAGCAUUUUGAAAAAAUUUUAGAAGAAUGCUCUCUUGCUCAAGAUUUAAAAAAAGUUUAUAAUGAUGUUUGUGCUGAUGGUAUCAUUAGAUUAAAAGUAAACAAUUGGAUAGAAAUAAGCUUUUGUUUGCCACAUAAAGUUCAUCAUUUUUAUAAAGAAGGACAGUACUUUGAACCCGAUUCUAUAAACAAAUGUUUAAAAGGUCUUAGACCUUACCAUGGAUUACUAUUAAUGACAGACCGUAAAAAACUAUUAGAAAAUUUACCUACUGAUUCUAGUCCAUCAAUUGUGAGACUAAUUAAUAUGUAUAACCCAGUUAAAAGUUUACAAACAUUAUCUGCUGAUGCAGAUCUCACCAUAGCCCAAGUAUUUAAUAUUGCUGGUCAUCUGAUAUAUUGGGGAGAUGCCAUUGUGAUAUUUCCUUUAUGUGAAACAAACAUGUAUACAAUUGCUCCAAAUGUUCCUACUGAACGAGAGAGUAAAUUUGCUAUUGAAUUUGAGGAUAAAUUUCCUGAUCAUAAUUUAUUAGAGGUAAUGAGUGAAUUUUCACUUCCCACGUCAUUGCAGUAUAAAAUGUGUCCGAUAGAAGACAAAAGUAGCAGU